GACUUUCAGAGCGACAGAUUUUUCCAGUUUGUGUUUGCAGCUCAGGCCUGAGAGGACACAGAGCUCAGUGAAUCACCUGUGCAGGUGAGCUGUGACAGACUGGCCAUGGACCAAUCACUGACUGCUGGUCAGGUGAGCGUGCUCAGUUGCUUUCCGCCUUCUGUGGGUAGAGAUGUUGCUGUUGCUGUGGUAAAGCCCCUGGGAGCAGGCCUGGGAAACCCCAACACCUGGAGCCUGCUGCGCACAGACAGACAGGUCAAAUGGACAAUGGAGGUCCUGUGUUAUGGUCUCACUCUCCCAUUGGACAGAGACACUGUUAAACUCUGUGUGGAGGUCUACACUGAUUGGCUGAUGGCUCUGGUCUCCCAGAGAAGUUCCACCCCACCGCCAAUCAGCAGAGACCCCAAUCUUUACGCUCAGAGGAUCCUCCGAGACCUCUACAUCUUGUUCCUGCCCAGGUCAGACCAGGUGAGUCCGGUCCACCUAUCUCUCUGUCAGCAGGUGUUAUCUGCUGUUCGGUCUCUGGCCAGAGACAGUUUGUUGAUGACCAGAGACACCUGGGAAACACUUCUGCACUUCCUGCUGCGCAUCAACCACGCCAUCCUGGCUCCACCCACUGCUGCAGGUGGCAUAUCGGACCUGUCGAUGGCAGUCCUCCUGGAGGUGUGGCUGCUGUCAUGCUCCAGAUGUUUCCCGUCUCGCUCGCUGUGGCAGACAUGCAGACAGAUGUUGAGCAGCUGGAGACAUCAGCCAGCAGUCGUCCAUCAGUGGAGUCGAGUCGUUGCAGCAUUGACCUCCAGGCUUCUUCCCCUGACUUUUGGGCCGAGCUUUCCUCCUCUUCAUGUCCUGGAUGAAGAUGCAGUUCUGGUUCCAGCAGACAUGGAGGAUGAGCGCAUCCCUCACACCUGGCUCAGGUAACUGCUCCACCUCUCAGGUACAUGUAACCCAGUGGAGCUCUGUCACUCUGCGGUUGGUCCAUCUUCCCCUCCCUCAGCGGAGGAGGUGUUCAGAGAUGAUCAGCUGCCAGACGUCUUCUUCAGAGCCAUGAUGGCCGUCAGUCGGCUGGUCGACGCCUUCCUCGGUGUGACUACGGCAAUCAAAAAACCAACAGAGCAGCUGCUGACAAACUCAGGUAUUUCUACAAGCAGAAGUCCCGUCAAAGAUCGCCUCCCUGCGCACGGAUUCUCCCGACCUCGCUCUGGCAGUGCUCCGCCCACCCCAGUGAACGUUUUGAGCGUGCCUGAUAUCCCUCUCUUAAAAACCUCUCCCCCUCUGCAUAAAGGACGACUGAAAGCGGCAAACGUUUCUACAGCAACUAAAAAGCCCUCCAUGUGGAAGACUCCCUCCCAACUUCCGCCCUCUUCUCCUUAUUUGGGCACCUCCCGCCGACCUUCUCCCUCCCCUCUCAGGUGUAACGUGGACUCCCUCUUACACCUGUUUGGCAGCUGGUUGUUUGAUGCUGCUUUGAUCACCAAAGACUGUGAUCAGUCCUGGAAACAGAAUGAUGUCACUAUGAUGUCAGAGAGAUGGGCAGCAGGUCGAGCUGAGGCCUGCGGGACCCUUUGCAGGAUUUUCACCUGCAAGAAGACUGCAGAGAACAUUCUGUCUGUCUACCUGUCCAGGUUCUACCUGGUUCUCCUGCACAGUCUCCAGGUAUCAAAGGAUGCAUGUCCACAUGUGCUGGCGUCCGUCCUGCUAAACUCCACCUGUCUGUUCUGCUGUGAUCUGAAAGGAGUCAACCUCCUGCUCCCCCCUUUCAUCUCUGCUGUAGAACAUGUGUUGUUGGACAGAGAACUAAUGAGGUUUAAAGGUUUUGUGAGUUCAGUGGAUUUAAGACAGGCCUCCAUCUUCAUCCUGAUGUCCCUGCUACCCCUUCACCUCCACUUUGGAUCUGUCCGGUCACAGGUUUCGUUGGAUGGGAAGUUAAACUCUGGUGAUGCCACAGCAGGCAACUUCCUGUCUCUGAAGCCCCGCCUUGUCAAUCUUCUGAUUGGAGCUUUGCAGACUGAAACUGACACCUGUAACACACAGCUCCUUCUGGCGGCCAUGUUGAAUCUGGUCCUGGAGACUGCAGGACUAUGUCAGCAAGUGAGCCACUGACUACUGACUUAUUUCAAAUCAACAUUUAAAAUUGUCCUUUUUCUUUAUCACAGUCCCCUCAAUCACCACUUUUGUUGGAGAGUUAAGCCUCAUUUCCGUCAGUGGGUCCUGGUUGAAACAGGAAGGGUCGAAAGGCCUCACACCGCUGUCACAUCUUGCUGUUACGUAGCUGAUGCAUCCACCGUUAUCCAGCUUAUAUGCUACCAGGAAGUUGAUGUCCAGCAUGGUGGGCCUAGUUGGAGCCAAAGAACCAGUGGACCUAGUGGACCCAGACGGACUAGAUCACAAAAUGCUCAACCAGAUGAAACAGCAAUCUUGUGGGUUCACAUUGUACGUUUGCUGACUCAGCGCCUCACAUCUCAGUGGAGGAAUGACUCAGCAAUUUGUCUGUCUGCGCUGGAAGUACUGGGAGGACUGGCUAAGGUGGAGGUCCAGGUGGAGGAGUCAGAGAGGAGGCAUGUGGUCAGUUCUGUCUGUAUGUACAUCGUGUUUCAGUGCAGUCGUCCUCCUCCUCUACACUCCAGAGAUCUACACUCCAUCAUCGUUGCUGCUUUCUAUUGCCUGAAGACCUGGUUGACUCGACACCCAGCCCUGCUCAACAACCAGGAGUGUUUAUCAGAGGUCUUGGAAAUCGUGGAAUUGGGAAUCUCGGGCAGUAAGUCCAGACGGGAAAAGGAAGUCAGAUGUAAAGAUGGGAAGGAGCUGAACCCAGCUUCACUGAGGGUGAAAGAGGCAGCUGAAGCCACUCUUAGCUGUGUUAUGCAGGUUUUAGGAGCAUGCAAGUGCAUCGAUGCAGCACCAGAUGAAGACGCUCUGAUUGGCCUUUGUGGUCUGAAGAAGUUUAGGUAUUUUGUGGUGGAUAGUUCAGUGAUCCUGGCCAUGAUGGAGGGAGGACCAGGACCUGAGCAGGGAGAACAGCCAGCUGUCACCAUGGUGAUCAGGGGACCAUCAGGACGUCACACCUGGUCUCUACAACUCUGCCUGCAGCCCAGAGAGGAGCCAGCCCCUGCACAGAAAACUCUGAUCCCAGAACAGCGAAGUGCAGCCCAGGAGGAUGCUGGGAAAAAGUGUGGCGUCAAACCACAGCUGGGUCCUGAAAACACAGCCAGAGUUCCUUCAGUCAGAGCGGAUCUGAGUAUUCCCGAUCUGUGUGCCACUGUACCCAUGGAGUUGCAGCAUCAGUUGGAGCAACUGCAUGCAACCUUAAAGAGUCAAUAUCACAUUGAGGCUCAAACACAGGUGAACGUUCAUUCAGUUGUCAUGACGACCUGCAGACCGCCACCUCCUGUCACCCACUUUCAGGCUUCGAGACUCUUUCUGAGUCACAUGGGUCUGCUGACACCUGAAAGUGUAAAGGAUCCAGGUCUCGGUCAUGUUCCGGCUCAACUCGUGCUUCUGGACUCAUCUCUUCCGGGUUUCUAUGAGAAUCUUAGAGGUUUAGAUCAGCUACCAUCCAGAACCUGUGAUUCUGCCUUCAUCUUCUACAUGAGAGGAGGACAGAAAACUGCUGCUGAGAUCCUGAGGAACGUGGAACACUCUUGCAGUGUCCAGUCUCAUUUCUUGGACUUCCUGUCGUCUCUUGGCUGUCCAGUGGAUGUGCACCAACAUCAGGUGGGCGGAGUCAACACCAGCAUCUCAGAAUUCCAUGCUGUUCUUGGUGACAGUGGAGGUGGCGUGUUUGAUGGACGGAGGUUCAUCCUGAUGUCCACUGACGCUUUGACAGAGAUCACUUUUGUCGUUCCAUCAUCCCAAUCCUACACAGCUGAUUGGCUGAAGAGUUCAAAGGAGGCGGAGCCACACUCUGAGUCACCAACCAAUCUACAGAGUCAUUCUGAACUGAGCCCAGACUUUGCCCCCAAAUCCACUAGUGGUCCUGGGGAGGAAACCAGGUCUUCUUACUUUGUGCCAUCAGUUUUCAGCUCGGAGUCUAAACUUUUCAUCGUGUGGAUUGAACGCUAUGAGGAUGUUGAAAGCUUCCCUCUGUCUGAGCUGCUGUCAAAGACAAGGACUCAACCAAAAAUCAGUGCCUCAAAUGUCCAGCUGAUAUUCAUCCACCCUAUGAAAACUGGACUUUUCAAGAUCUGUUUCCAUGGAAACACCAACAGCAAGCUUGGAUUGGUUAUUCCAUUGGUCAAUGGCAGUGUUGUCAGCAGGAGGUCUCUGGGUUUCUUGGUCAGAGAGAUGGUGGUUAACUGUUGCCAUCGGCAACGGUUGGAGAGUGACUCUGCCCCUCCACCUCACAUUAGAAGGAAACACAUGAUCAGUGACAUCAUCCUACGAUACUGCAGCCACCACUCUGAACCCGCCUUCUACUCUGCUCUGUUCCAUGACCUUUGACCUGUUACCUUGGUGACCUGAUAUUUAUACCGCCAACAACAUUACAGUGUAUAAUGAUCCAAUCAGAAUCAACCUGACUGAUGAUGUCACCUGCAGCUUCAAUAAAUAGUAUGUAUGCAAAAGUAAGUGUGAUGUAUGAUCAUGCUGGCUGAUGACAUUAUGCUAUCAGAUGACAUCAGCAAUAACCCUAGCUGUAAUUCACUUGGCAAUGAAACAGCCCCAGGUUCAAUCCUGAGGUGUAUCGAGGUCAUUUUCUCAUCUACUUGCUAAAGUACACUAGAGCCCACAGAACGU